AUGAUUUCCUUGAAGGCCAUUUGCGCCGGUUUGCUGGCCUCGUCAACCGCUCUGGCUGCUCAGCUCACAAAAGUCAACUACCCCAACGAUGCCUCCUCCAAGGUAGAUAUGUACAUUUACGUUCCCGACAAGGUCGUCACCAACCCACCUCUCGUCGUCGUAAUCCAUUCCUGCCAGUCCUCAGCCCAGGCCUACUUCCAGAACAGCCUUAUCCCCUGGCACCGCGGAUCCGACAACAAGGGAUACAUCACCGUGUGGCCGAGCAGCCCUCACAGCGGGACGUGUUGGGAUGUCUCCAGCAAGGCGACCCUGACACACGGGGGUGGAGGCGACACCCAGGCCAUCUCUAACAUGAUAAAGUAUGCGAUCUCGCAGUACAAGGUGGACGCAAGCAAGGUGUUCGUAACGGGAGGCAGUUCCGGAGCCAUGAUGUCCAACGUCUUGGCGGCGACAUACCCCGAACAGAUCCAGGCCGUUUCGUUGUACUCCGGGGUAGCAGCUGGUUGCUUUUUGUCCUCCUCUGGGGGCGUCGACCAGUGGAACUCCUCGUGCGCAUCGGGUCAAGUGACGGCUACAGCAGAAGCUUGGGGCAAUGUUGCUCGCAACAUGGACUCCGGAUAUAAUGGGACACGCCCGAGAAUGCAGAUCUGGCAUGGUUCUGCGGACACAACCCUGAACCCGCACAAUUACCAGGAAGAGAUCAAGCAAUGGACGAAUGUCUUCGGUGUCAACCAAACGCCGACCUCCUCGAUUAAGAACUAUCCGCAGUCAAAUUAUCAGACUGAUGACUAUGGCCCAAGUGUCCAAGGCAUCUAUGCGACUGGAGUGGGCCAUAGCGUGCCAUCAAACUUGACUGCAAGUGAGGAAUGGUUUGGUCUCUGA